AACUUCCUGUGUGGACGGAGACUUCCUGGCGGAGUGUUUCCAGUGAAACCUGAGCUGUGAUCUGGUCAGGAGAGGGUUAACAUCCUGCAGCUCUCCGCCUGACAACAAACCUGUUUCUACUCGCUGUGGGUGUGGGCUCUUCCUUCCUCCACUCUGCACUCUGUUUCUCCGUCUCUCCAGGAUGUUGGUCUCCAGAACUCUCUGCAGGUUCUGGUUCUCCAGACCGCCUCGGUUCCGGGUCCUCACAUCCGGUCCGCUGUGGUCGGCCUGUGGUGUUUCCUGUUACAGCAGUCAGCCUCCGUCUAAAGAUGUGUAUGUGCGUUACAGCCUCGGUCGUCCGGUCCUCUCGCUGCGUUUCCCUUCGGGUCAGAAGAGUCGUUUCACUCUGACGCCCAUGUUGACCACGGUUGGUGACCUGCUGAGUGACAUCACAGCCAAGGACCCCGGGGUGCACACCGCCACGCUGCUCAACGGAGAUGGACAGAGAAUCUCUUCGUGCACCUUCAUGGAAACCGUUUUAAAUAAAGAUUUCCAGCUCGUCAUCAACGACGUCACACACAACGUCCGCUCGCUGGGGCAAGGUGUGUCUCAUGAACACGUGCUGGGCGUGGACGACAUGAAGUACGUGGUCAGUCUGCUGCAGGCGGCGCUAACGCUGCCGCAGCGCCAGCACAUCAAACACAGAGAGCUGCUGCACAGACAGGAGCAGCUGAGAGAGCAGCUGCAGCCGCUGGAGAUGGUGAGAGUCAAGUUGGAGAAGGAGGCGGACGCUAGAGCUUCAUUUCUGGGGUGGGCGGGGCUCGCCUACCUGUCGCUGCAGGGAGGAUUCCUGGGUUACCUCACCUGGUAUGUGUUUGCGUGGGACGUGAUGGAGCCAGUGACCUUCUUCAUCUCCCUCACCACCAGCAUGGUCUUCUUCGGCUACUACAUGCUCACCAAGCAGGAUUUCACACACUUUCCAGAGGCGAGGGAGCGUCAGUUCCUGAACUUCUUCUACCAGAAAGCUUCUCAAAAGAAAUUCAACAUUCAGAAAUACAACGAGCUGAAAAACGAGCUGGCAGAGGUUGACGGUGAGCUCAGCAGUUUGAGGAGUGCCAUCCAGCGGCAGCCACAGAGAGCCACCUGAGGAAUACACCUAGUUCUUCUUUUUUGUGACAUUAAAUAUCAUAUUUGCACCUUUUUUUAUACGAAUUACUUCUGUUACAAAAGUCUUCUGUCAGCUGCCUUUAUUAAAGAACAGAAUUAAAAACAAUUUUCUGAAUUCUUAUCUAUGGAAGAAAUAUCCUCUUUUUAUUCAAGAGCGUAGGUUUUCAGUUUGAGAGCAUGAUUUUAUUCCUUUUCAGUGACACAGCUCCUUCUCGUGCACGCUCAAAUCUAAAGUCUGCACGCUCAAAUCUAAAGUCUGUACGCUGGAAUCUAAAGUCUGUACGCUGGAAUCUAAAGUCUGUACGCUGGAAUCUAAAGUCUGCACGCUCAAAUAUAAAGUAUGCAUGCUCAAAUAUAAAGUAUGCACGCUCAAAUAUAAAGUCUGCACGCUCGAAUCUAAAGUUUGCACGCUCGAAUCUAAAGUCUGCACGCUCGAAUCUAAAGUCUGCACGCUCAAAUCUAAAGUCUGAACGCUCAAAUAUAAAGUCUGUACGCUCGA